AUAUUUAACCUGGGAACAAGUCUGUCCAACUAGGAGGAGUGGAGGUUUUAAUUGCUACAAAAUCUAUUCCACAGAAACCUUGUGGCUGUCUGAUCGGAAGAAAAGAUCUUUACAGAAGUCGGACCAAGGUAUUUGAGUUGCUUCGAUCCAUCACUAUGACGAUGAAGAAUACAAGUGGUCUGUUGCAGAAGCUUCGGAGUUUGAUGAAAGCCAAACAGUACAUCGGCUCAGAUGCAAUCCAAGCGUAUAUCAUACCAUCGGGUGAUGCUCAUCAGAGUGAAUACAUAGCUGCUUGUGAUUGUCGUCGAGCAUUCAUGUCUGGAUUCACAGGAUCCUUCGGUACGGCAAUAAUCACAGAAGAUGUAGCAGCGAUGUGGACUGAUGGUCGCUACUUCUUACAGGCCGAACAGCAGAUGGAUUCCAACUGGACCCUUAUGAAGCACGGUUUAAAAGAUACACCCACACAGGAGGAUUGGCUCGUCAAGAAUCUUCCAGAAGGUGCACGUGUAGGGGUGGACUCUUUCUUAUUGGCAAAUGAUCUUUGGAAGAAGUUCUCAACUACUUUGACUGGUGCCGGACUCACCCUGGUGCCAACAGUGGUGAAUCUGGUGGACUUAGUCUGGGGGGAUGACCGGCCGUGCCCACCCACUGAUCAAGUCAUGGUUCUGGACACCAAGUAUGCAGGUAUAUCUUGGACGGAGAAGGUGCAUAAGAUGAGAGAUGCGAUGACCUCAAAGGAUGCCCAGUACCUCGUCUUGACGGCCCUUGAUGAAAUCGCUUGGCUUUUCAACUUGAGGGGUUCUGAUAUUGAAUAUAAUCCAGUGUUCUUUGCAUAUGCUGUUGUUAGCAUGGAGAGCGUACAUCUUUUUAUAGAUGAUCAGAAGUUAACAGAAGAAUCUCGAGCCCACCUGAUUCAGAAUGGCAUGAAAGUUGACAUCCAUGAGUAUGAGGCCAUUCAACAGUUUCUGGCUGAUCUCUAUCCAGACGGAAGCAACACUGGAAAGACAUGGGUUAGUCCAAAGUCCAGCUAUGCUCUUGUCAGUUGCAUUCCAAAGCGGAAAUGCAUUCUACAAGGAACCCCAGCGAUGAUGAGUAAAGCUGUCAAGAAUAAAACAGAGAUUGAAGGAAUGAAGAAUGCUCAUAUACGAGACGCUGUUGCGCUUUGUGAAUAUUUCAACUGGUUGGAAAAAGAGGUUCCAAAGGGUCAACUCACUGAAAUAUCAGCCUCAGACAAACUGGAACAGCUUCGAAGAGAGCAGGAGGAUUAUGUCAGCCUUAGCUUUGCCACGAUUUCUAGCGUAGGAUCAAACGGUGCUAUCAUUCAUUACAAAGCAACACCAGAAACAGAUACAGCCCUCAACACUCAUGGCAUGUAUCUAUGUGAUUCAGGCGGACAGUACAGAGAUGGAACAACAGAUGUUACCAGGACGAUGCACUUUGGGACUCCAUCAGCGUAUCAAAAGGAAUGUUUUACCCGAGUACUAAAAGGGGUCAUCUCUCUAGCGACUUCUGUCUUCCCCAAUGGAACCACAGGUGCUAUGGUGGAUUCGUUUGCCCGUAGAUCUCUAUGGGAAGUUGGUCUUGACUACCUUCAUGGGACAGGUCACGGAGUCGGUGCUUUCCUUAAUGUUCAUGAAGGCCCUCAGCAGAUUAGUUCCAGAAUCACUGCUCAUGACGCAGCUCUGGAACCCGGUAUCUUCAUGUCAGAUGAACCUGGAUAUUAUGAAGAUGGGGAGUUUGGCAUCCGGAUUGAAAAUAUAGUACUCAUUAAACCUGUUGAAACAAAGUUCAACUUCAGAAAAGUUGGUUUUCUGACAUUUGAGACUGUGACUCUGGUUCCGAUUCAGUCUAAGAUGAUUGAUCCAUCACUGCUCUCAGAAAAAGAGGUUUCUUGGUUGAACAACUACCAUGCCCAAUGUCGCGAGAUUGUGGGGGCGGAGCUUAAGAAGCAAGGGAGGACUGAAGCUCUGGCCUGGAUGUAUCGGGAGACAGAACCUCUUGGUUGAGCUGAACGUCUUAGUAAGUCAAUAUUAAUCAUCAGACUUAAAACCCACCAUCUCAUGGCCAUCAGUUCUUGUCAGUCGAUUGUUCUGAAGGGGAUGUUAAACAGCUACUUCAGCCAUAAAAAUUGUCAAUGAAUAUAAUUUUGAUAUUUUAACUUUUUUUUUUUACUCUGAAUAUUUCAAAAUGAUUGAUCAAACAGUAAGGCCCUAACCUCACGGUUUUGAAAAACUUGACACAUUUACUGUCGUUGAGGGCAUGCGUCAAAAUGACAAUACUUUGAUGUCAUUUGUGGGAGGUUGCUUUUGUUAUUCCUCCAUGCUGCAGCAAAGCGGCUAUACAAAACAGAGCUCCCACAAAUGACGUUACAUGAGUGACGACUCGAUGGGGCUUUUUGCGAAUAUUUUAGAAAUACAAGGGCUAUCAUAAGUUUUGUGUUUAUUUUAUAAAAAUUCAAAUUUGUUUACUCUCAUGUGAACACAAUUUCCUAAAUGAAUUUCAGCAAAGAUCACUUGUUGCCUUUUUUUGUUCAAGUUGAUCUUAAAGCUUUGGAUAUACUAUCUGUGAUUGGAUCCAUAGUAUGUGUGAACAAUAUCCGAUAAUCUCAGAUAUUUUCAGUUAUUCCUUUGCCAGUAAACAAGAGAGAAAUUAGUCCUUUUUUGUAUAUAAACUGAGUUCAAUUGUUUGAAACAACAAACAUCUGAUGCAUCUUUGUCUGUGACAUGAACACUUUGGGUCUGAAAUACAUGGGAUUAGAACUUGAAACAUCUAAUGAAACAUGACAGAUUGGAAUGAGGUUUGGUUAUUCCCAACCUGGCUUGACCUUAAUUUUUAUCUAAGACUGGGCUAGUUACUUGUGUUUUUUACGAGCUCGCUGAAAUUUUUACUAGCCCAUGAAAUGUUUGGAAAGUACGUAACGCAGAUUUUUUAAACUACACAAUGUACUUCCGGCUAGCGGUAUGAUCAAACCCUGCCAAAGACCAAGGAUUUACCAUUCAAAAGUUUGAUAAGUUUCUUAUGAGUUUGAGGAUUUGAAAGAAUGUUUUCCACAUGUGUAAUAACUUUUACAGGUUCCAUGUCAUUUUUUGUUUCGGUGGAAUGUUUCAGUAGGGGCAAUGAGAAUUUAAUGUUUCGUCCCCUUCCGAUAUCAAUUAAUUUAAAUAUGGAUUUCUUCUGGAUGUUCCUAGUACCUAACUCGGAUAAUUUUUGUAAUAGAAACAUUUAACAAAGUGCCUUUGCAGCUGAAGAGAUUGUAUCAAUCUCAACUAAAAUUUCAUAAACACAUUAAUUGUUAAUUUCUUUAAAGAAUUUGUGAGAACUUAGUAUAAGAAACAUAAUUUUUUUUUAAGAAAGAAAACAAAAGUACUCUUACAGUUCAUUUGUAGUCCCUUGAGGAUAGAAAUUUUGUUGUGAAUGUUGCUUUUAGAGGCCCUGGACACUUUUGGUAAUUACUCAAAAUAACUGUUAGCAUAAAAACGUACUUGGUAACAAUCAAUAGA